AUGACUAGUAAUGAGGUUACUAUUGACAUUGGUAAGUAUCCCAGAAGCAAAGGGGUUGAAACAGAUAAUAAAAUAGGAUACUAUUACCAAAGUGGUGGGAAAGUUCUUCUGGAGGAAACAUAUUAUCCUGAACCAGAUGGAACUUAUAUGAAACUCACGCAUACUCCAGAACAUGCCAACAUCCAAAGUAUUACACACAACGACAUUAUUCAAACUGUAUCCUCUGACCUUUCAGAAUUUAAGAGUGUGGCUGUUUUUUACUGGUCAGGGGAUAGCAUUUUUGGAAAUCCUCUCCUAAUUCAACUUGGAAAUGACGACAAUGAAUACUAUAAUUCCACUCCUGAGAGGCUUACUUAUUGGGAUAAACUUACUCUGACAGCCAUAAAUCUUAAGUCUGAAUUAGAUAAGCAGAACUGUGAGAGGAAUAAAGUUCAUAUCGUAAAAAUCUCAGAGAAGGGUAAUACUAAUAACACUUACCAAUGUCCCAGCUGUUCCAAGGAGGAUAUUCAAACUCACUAUAAUAACAGCCAUCCAGGUUCCUCCUACUAUAUACAUUCUAUUCCUGGUUCUUCAGCUCAAAUAUCUGGGUUCAGGGAUAAUGAAGCUAAUCAAGUUGGACUUCCAUCCAUUAAAAAUCUAAAGUUUGUAUUCGUUUACUGGAAUAAGCCUGCUGCUAAACCCGUCCUAAUUCACUAUCCACAAAGUCCACCGAGAUGCUUCAGAAGAAAUAGUGAUAAUGAUGACACUUGGGUUGAAGUUUCUAGAUACCAAGAACAACUUUUAAAUGAUAAGGAGUAUUACCCUUCCAUUACUAUAGAUCUUAUGUCUGCUAAUGUACCAUACACUGAUAAUAGUGUAAUCGUAACUGUGAGAAAUACUAUAGUUGAGGGUGGCUAUUCUAAAUUUGAACAUUCUCUGAGAGGUGGUCUAGUUAUGAUUGCACAAGCUAAGCAUAGUAGUAAUGUUCUAAAUGACAUAUUAUCUAAUGACAAGUUAGACAGUAUUACAGCCUACUACUCUGGAGAUGAUCCUGGGAGGAAAGAAAAACUUCUCCUGGUCGAACUGAGGUCAAGUGGUGGAACUAAAUACGAGUAUUUUCACAGAGAAACUAAGAGUGCACCUACAUGGUCUAAAUAUUCCGGAUCUGGAGGGGAAACUAAACUUUCUAAUCUAAAGGAAACUCUGGAUAAGCUUAAAAAGGUACAAUUUCCUUCUGGAAAGUCAACACUGCGAAAGGCUCUUGAAGGAUGCGGAGAGACAGGUGCAGCUGGAGGUGUUGUAGCUGAAGCUUAUAACUUCUUCUUUAACCCGAACAAAAGUGCUACAAGACAGAUAAUUAGAUUAUUCACCAGGAUACUUUAA